UAUGAGUUCCCGGAGUUAGCCUAUUGUUCGCUGUUAUCGUCCCUGUUAUCCUCUAUUGCUCAGAAGUCUGAACUUCUGAAUGUCUUUUGUUGGCAGAGUCAGACCGUGAGAUAGAACUUGGCGAAUGAAGGCAUGGUGUUGCGGUGAUAUAAAUACUCAGGCUUCUCAGAAGUGGGGCUACUUUAAGUGGCUGAAGUUCCAGUGUGUGGACAGUCCUUCUCCUGAACGGCCAGAAUGGGCUCCAGGAGAAAGAACAGCUUCCUCUGGGGGAAAGCUCCUUCAGAUCAAAUGGGAAAAAAGCUAAUUGAGACCAGCAGGAUCAACAAGAAUGACAUUCUGGAUGACAUCCUGAAACUCCGGGUGGAGAUUGAGAAUGUUCUGACGGAGAUCCACACAAUGGAGUCGAACAAGGAGAAUAAGAAUGUCAUAAGGACCAAAAGAUUCCUGUGUGGAAAGAAGAAGUUUAACAUGGACCCGAUAAAGGGAAUCCAGUACCUGCUAAAUAAUGAGCUGCUGGACAGUACCCCCGAGGCUAUUGCAGAGUUCCUGUACAAAGAGGAGGGCCUCAAUAAAACAGCCAUUGGCAACUUCCUUGGAGAAAGGGAAGAAUUCCACCUUAAGAUCUUGAAAUGUUUUGUUGAUCUGCAUGAGUUCUCAGACCUGAAUCUGGUACAGGCCCUGAGGCAGUUCCUGUGGAGCUUCCGGCUCCCUGGCGAGGCUCAGAAGAUCGACCGUAUGAUGGAGGCUUUUGCCCAACGAUACUGCACCUGCAACACAGGCGUCUUCCAAUCUACAGACACCUGCUACAUCCUGUCUUUUGCUAUUAUCAUGCUGAACACUAGCUUGCAUAACCCCAACGUGAAGGACAAGACAUCACUUGAGCGCUUUAUCAGCAUGAACCGGGGCAUCAACAACAAAGAAGACCUGCCCAGCGACCUCCUUACGAAACUGUACGAGAGCAUUAGGAAUGAACCCUUUAAGAUCCCAGUGGAUGAUGGGAAUGAUCUCACUCACACCUUCUUCAAUCCAGAUCGCGAGGGCUGGCUCAUGAAAGAGGGGGGCAGGGUGAAAACAUGGAAGAGGAGGUGGUUCAUUUUGACUGACAGCUGCCUUUACUACUUUCAGUACACCACAGACAAAGAGCCCAAAGGCAUUAUCCCGCUAGAGAACUUGAGCGUGAGAGAGGUGGAUGACCCACACAAACAGUUCUGUCUGGAGCUCUUCAUCCCUCAUGGUAAAGGGCAGACGAUAAAGGCAUGUAAGACUGAUCCGGACGGGAGGGUGGUGGUGGGGAAACACCAGUCUUACCGCAUCAGUGCCUCGUGUGCUGAGGAGCGCACUGACUGGGUCGAAGCCAUCAGAGCAUGCGUCACAAAAGACCCCUUCUACGACCUGGUGACUGCCCGUAGAAAGAAAGUCAUCAGCAGUGGCAGUGAGAUCUCCUGAAAAACAUCAGGACCUGUAUCUCUUUCCAAACAUGUUUCUACACAUACCGCACAGAUGUGUCUGGAUCUCAACCUCUGACUCACUGACCUGAGGCCUCUGACCUCUUAACCCAGGUGACCUUUAAAAGCAGACUUCACAAAGGAGUGAACCCCCAUGGAUCCACACAGCAGACAAGGCACAGCCUCUCACCCAUUGUCUAAUUUCUCCCAUCCUGCUUCAGUUCUUCUGGUUAUGAAGGCUCGAUUUGCCUAGAAGCCAGGGUUGUGAAAUCAUUUUAAUAUUUUCGUUCCAAGAUUUCCAAAACUCAGAGCUUCGCAGCAGCCAACAGAAUUUCACUUCUACUCUGCUAAACAUUCAUAUCCGCUAAAAUGUCCUUUGACCAAGUAAUGGCAAUGCAUUGAGAUGGUAAAUAGACAGUUACUGUUACAUGUUUAAGGCAGGUUUUUGCUUUAACAUUUGAGUGUUGUAUGCUUUUACCAUUUUUUGUGUGCUUAUACAUUUUCAUAUAGCUGCGAUAAUAUAAUGGGGGGUUUUUUCAUCUGUGGUGAGUGCUAAUAAUUUUUUAAUGGUUGGCAUUACAAGUAUAGAAAAUUUUGUAUACAAUUUAGUAUACAAGUUAUUAUCAUGUAAAGAGCAAAUUGUUUAUUUAUUAAAUGUACCUGGUAAUCCCUGCAUGUGUAGAACAAAGAUUUCCCCAGCAGGGGGCAACAUUCAUCUACCUGCAAGCAACAUUAGUAGUGAUUCAUGACAAUUCUUAGUUAAGUUAAACAGAAUUAAACAGAACCUUAUAUAACUUAGUCUUCACAACAUUUAUUGCACAGUAGCUUCAUCAGAAGAAGACAGAAAAAAGCACGUGGGGUGGUCGUGAACAGCCCUUUCUUUUCGGGAAGACAGCACAUCUGCUUUGCAAAACUGCAUUUGUGGUGUACAGCAGCAAGCUCCUUUCUUCCUGUAUGUCAUUUCCUCAACCUAGAGUUCACUCUUUCUCCUCGUUUCUUUCUUGUCCUUCGCUUCACGUUGAGGUUAUACAGGAUGUCGCGUGUAUUCGUGACGUUUCCUCCGUCACCCAAGCAUGUGCUCCAUCCUGCACAGGUAUUUCGUGGAGGACAGCACAGAGAUCUGUAUGUACACCGUCUUUGGAAAACCACAAAAACCCAGAGAUACAGGAGGAAUCGUGUGCUCAAACAAGGGCGUGGGAAUAUCCCAAGGCCAAGCUAAAAAAAAAAAAGAGUGCAUUCUGGCAUAAUUGCAAAGUGUAAUUGACUUUUUACAGAAGUCAGCAAUGUGCUGGGUUAUUUUUUAGUUUAAAUAAACCUUUAGAUUUCAGCUCAUUAAAUCUCUUUAUGUUAUACAUUUAGAAUUUACCUUACCUGGACACUUUAAAGCAUUGUGAAGUGAGUGAAGUUUAUCACAGUUUAACGAAAAAGAAUAGUACAUAAUGGAUGAACCU